CACAGACUCGAUGUUAGAUUGGAGGAUUUUUCUUUUUUUGCAGCGAGUGGACAAACUUUUAUCUGUUGUGUUUUCUUAAAUCUUGUGUUCAGUGUUCAGUCUUUGAGUUUAGAGACAUCUUGUUAUUGCAGUUACAGUUUUGAUACUGUAAACAACUCUCUCUGCCGGGAACAACAUGUCACUGUUGUACGCGAUUGUUACCUUCUUCUUAUUUGGUUCAUCCACCUGUCUUGAAUUAGUAGAGAACUGCUAUGGCAAGACUUACAAGUUACCAUUUCCAUAUAGACCACCUGUUUUCACGGGUAAACUCUACUUCACUCCGAAUAAGGGGGGGUCUUUGAAACUACUGAUGGAAAACGGAGAGGCAAGGGAUCCACGGGUCAAAGUUUCCAUUGGCAAAGUGACUUUCACAGAUGUGAAAGAAAAGUAUGGUGGAAUAUUUUCCAUUGCAUAUCGUGAUGAAACACCUUUGGAUGUUAUCACACUGAAAGUUUUGCCUUGUUCUGAACUUGUUGAGAAAUAUUAUGGGAAUAAUUGGUUCUAUGAUUCUCCUGAAGAGCGUAAACUUCUGGAUUUUACUCCCGAUAAUGAUACAGACCAAUUAUUGGUCCUGUGGAAUCGCACAAACCCUCAAUCUAAUAAGGGAGUCAGAGGAAGGAUGAGUUAUAGUGAUACCUGGCAGAUGGCCUGCGUCACUCAGUCAGACAACGGCCACUACUACUUCAGGAAACAAGACGGCACUGUGCUCAAAACAGUACAGCUGUUAGUAAAAGGGCACGAAGUACAACGUUCUGCAACUGUGGGGGAUGACCUCUUCAUCGGUUAUCUUGUGUGUGGUGGAUCGUGGACACUGAAAUUUACCUCUGAUACCCAGAUCGAAACAAUAACAUUGAUGAAAGCAGGCAAAUGGUCCAAAGACCUAAGAAGUCGUUCUAAUAGAGCCAGCGUAUUCCCUAAUGGCAUACAAUUUCACUCUAUCGACAACUCAGAUUUUGGCACAUAUAAAUUCAUAGACUCUCAAGGCAACGUGGGCAUGACUGUGUGGGUGGACCAUGGAUUUCUUCCUACAUAUGUUUAUGUUUGUGUUAUUGUCGGGAUUAUCCUCAUGCUGAUUGUCUGCUGUUGCUGCGUGAAAAAGUGCUGUUGUAAAAAGAGCUCUACUAAAAGGGACAGGUCUGCUCCUCAGACUGCAGCAGCACCUGCUGUGUAUUACCAUGACGCGAAUCAACCUGUAGUUUUCUAUGCUGCACCUACUACAGAUUACUCUGUUCAGCCUGUUGUUUCUCCUGCACCUGCAACUACCUCCCCUGGGCCAUCGGUUGUAGCUUCAGGAGUCCAAGGAGUCACUCCAGCUCCUUCAGUUGGCUCUGAUGUUCCUGAACCAAGGUUUGAGCUGAAAGGGAUGAGCUUUCCAUCUGCUCCUCCCCUUGGUUCAGACACAUCUCAUCUCAGUGAUGUUUAUAACUCCGAUAAACUCAACUUUCUAUAAGGUUCACUAAGGAAAAUUCUAAAGAUUCAGACUUUUAUUCACCUCUACUUUGAUUGUUUACUUUUUUGUGAGUUGCUAUGGAUAGAAUUCAGUAUUGUGGUUUGUGACUGACUGGAACAACCAUUUAAGUCUUUGAAUUGAUGUUAGAAAUUUAGUGAAUUGUUGGGUUGCUGUGAAUAAUAUUAGAGUAAAGAGUGCAGUUUAGAGCAGUUUGAUAUGAAAAGUGUUAUGAGACUACUACUGUUAUGAUUUGGUCCUACAUAAUUAAAUUCAAAUUGAAUAGAAAUAGAAAUAAAGGUAACAAAAUGUGUGACAUCUUCUUAAGUCCAGGAGGAGAAGUAGGUCCCCAUGCAUCUGCUUGACAUUUUUUAGAACCUGCUUUUGGUGUCUAGUCAAAUUUUAUGUUGCCAAAGUCAACUAAUGGCCCGUGGGGUUCGUUUGUCGUCAUGAAUUGAUGUCCACAUAAGUGGUCAAAUCUUAUUUUUUAUAACUCUUUAACCACACAUCAUUCAAAGAAUGAAGAACGCAAUAUUUCAUGUCAUUUUGACAUAAGGAAUCAAAUGGAGAGGUCAUUUACACAGCACAGUACAGUAAAUAAAUGAAUAAAGCAUUUUACUUUUGCUAAUUUGGAUCAUUUUAAUUUGGAGGAUAGCAAUCACUCUCACUAUCAAAAGUAAAAGUACUCAUUGUGCAGUGAAGUGGUCCCUGUCAGUGUUUUACUGUGUAAUGUUUUUGGAUUAAUCAUGUCGAGUCAGAAUAGUUUGGCUAUUGCAGGAAAUUGUAUUGUAAAACAAACAUAGCAAGAGGUGUAUUAUUAUAAUCACCCUAAAAUGUCUUAUUUUCCUAUUUUACCAUGUCAGUGACCUUUUCAUUUAAUAACUGGUGUUACACUGAUAUAAAAUAUGUUAUUUUGUCUUCGUAAGUCAUCUAGUUCAGGAGUUACUUUCUCCUGCUGGACUACUUUCUUUCAUUAUAAAACCAAUUUCCUGUAGUAAGGUUACAGUUGAGAGGGGAACAUGGAAGGGUAGAAGUAAUAACAAAACAUAAGCACGAUAUUUUUUCUCACUCAGGGUACCUUAAUACUAUAAUUCUUCAGUAUAAGCUUUGUUUCAAUAGUCAUAAUGUCUUAUUUGUAUAAUAUGAAUCUUAAAUGUGUGUGUCAUACAUGUUGGUUCCAGAGAUGAUGUUACAAUGAGAGCUGAAAGUGAGUUUGUGUAAAGGAUUUUAGAGAUUGUGGAUUUAAAUUGGAGUCAGACUGACUACAUGGAGAUCAAAAACUUUAAACCACUGCCAACUAUAGAUACUAUUUUGUAUGGUUGUAUUGUUACAUCUUUAUCUGAAUUAUAUGAGAUAUUUUUAUUUGUUUCAUACUUUGUAAAAUUGUCAGUUCAACAGUGAAAACGUUUUGUAUCUUUUUGUGUGUGUUUGUAGGUUGUAGUUUUCCAUACUCUCUGCAUGUGGUUUGGAGAAACUGUUGAAGUCAUUAGUGCAUGAAAUAAUUGUAAAAUAAUGACAAAUAUUUGUCUGCAUUGUAUGUAAGGAUAUUUUGACUUAAACAUUUUGUAAGACAAUUUUGCAUGAGCUUGUGGUUUCCUUCUUAAAAAUUAAAAUUAUUAAAGAUGAAGGCUGAAAUUAUAGUUAGUACCUUUAACAGGAACUGUUAAUAACGGGCUCCUUUCACAGUAUUACAUUAUUGUUGUAUGCAUACAUAUAGGGAUGCGGUUGUAGUGAAGAAAUGUAUAUUUUAUGUAUGUAUUGUAUUCUAUGAUGAUAGCUUCCUUCUCUGAGCGCUGCGGUCCUAUGUUACUGUUUUUAAAAGGAAUUUUCUAAAUUUAUGCUUUUGUUUUGAUCUUCUAACUUCUGCUGGCUGGUUUUGUACUGUGAGGGCACUGUUGGGGAGCCACUCAGAUAUUAAACUUAAUAAAAGUGACGAAGUGUAAA